GAAAGGACGAGAAGAUUGCGUACAUGAAGCUCACGACAGCCCUCCUCGCCUCCCUCGCGCUCUCCGAGGCCGCGCCGCUCCACCGGCAGCUAGACGCGCAGCCCAUCGACCGGAGCAUCAUCACCUGCACUGACAACGACUACCGCGUCGGCAACACCACAGUCUGCUCGUCGCCGGUGGCAACAACGACGUGCGCUGCCCUCCUCAAAGAAGUCGUCGAACCGUGCCUGUCGGUGAAGGCAAAGAACCCUGGCCAGUACACGACGUACGAUCCGCUGUCGUGCCCCUCAGUUGGUCCGGCUAAGGUCGGAUGCAACGCCGGUGGCAUCAAGUCCUGCCGCUACUGCGGCUACAAGGAAGGCAACCACGAGUACGCGUCCUGCUCCGGAGAGACAACGGACUCGGAACUGGGCAUGCUAAAGGAACUGCGCAAGCUAGAGGAACUGCGCGAGCUAAAGAAAGAGUANNGCACCGAAACGGCAACAAACUCCAAGGGCGUCAGCUUCCCGAAUGCACAGUGCUCCAAGCACCUCGGCCGGGAGAUGGGCUUUGGCGUCGCAGGCGAGCUUGCAACCAUUGAGAUCACCGCAAAGACAAUGGCGAUGCGCAUGCUCAAGCCGGCGACCUUUCGUGCGGACAACGGUAUCCUCAACUGCUGCGAAGUUAGUGAGGAUCACUCCGACUGCAGACCGUGCGCGAACGUGAGCAGCAACAGCAUCGCGAACCCGCGCACCAAGACGCUCCAGCCGGGCGCUGCGCUGACACCGCCGCUGACCUACGAGUACCAGGUCCCGGCGGCAAUGCAGCCGCAGCUUUCGUCCUACCAAGGUCAGCGCACGAGCCGCGUGAUGAAGGGCAUGCACGGCAAGGGCCAGACCUGCCUCGGCGCAAAAUUCUCCUUCGGUCCGCUCAGGGAGCUGUAUGAACAAAACAAGCAGGAGGGCGAGUCGGGCUUCAUCCCCUACGCCAUGCGUGUCGGCCUGCUCGACCCAAAGCUGGCCAAAUCGGGCGCGACCUUCGACACUCUCGUACGGCUGAGCGGCAACAAGAAUUUUACCGUCAAGGACGUGCACGACGUGCGCGUGCGCGGGUUUGCGCUCAAGUUGAUGGACGCGGCAAAGCACUUUGAGAGCGACGACGCCGCCUGCGCCAAGGGAAAGGCGUCCAACUGCCAGCUCAAGCUCGCCGACAUCCCGGCGUACAACCAGCCGAAGGACGCGCAGCACGUGUUUGGGGACUUCGACUUUACCGCGGCGCAAGAGGAGGGGCACAUCGACCUGCUACACGGUGCGUUCAGCACCGCCGGGCCUGAUUGCACCGCCGCUUCUUGUGAAUCCGCCAAGAACCCGCCCGCAAACAUCUUCGUCGCGGCCAACGUCGACAACUACUACAAGGGCUUCGUGCUGGGCGCCCGCCCCGACCCACGCCUCGACGAGCUGACCGACACCUACCAGAACCCGCUCGAGUACGUCUACGGCUCGGCGUCGGCCCUGCGGCUCGGCCCCGGCGCCAUGAAGCUGCAUUGGGCGGCCUGCCCGGGCGAGCUGACGGAGAAGAAGCAGAACGUUUACCCGGAUCCCAAGGUUGAUAUCGCGAGGGGGAGGAUCCCGGCCGCGUGGGAGGACCCCAACUACCAGCUCACCAACCUGCGCGAGACGAUCGAGAAGCUCGAGGCGAAGGGCGCAAAGGAGUUCAAGAUGUGCGGCUACAUCCAGCUGCAGGAUGACGCGUGCAGGGAUGACAUCGAAAACCCCACGAAGCGCUGGCCCACCGAGUCGAUCAACGUGUUCGAGCUGAGCUUUCCGCUCCAGGCCGUGCCCGACUACAACACCUUUUGCGACAAUACCGUCUUCCAGCCGUACCGCACCAUCGCGGAGCACAUGCCGCUCGGCUACGUCAAUCGCGUCCGCCAGGCGGUCUACCAGUACGCCAAUCAGUUCCGCCUCAUCCUCAACAACGGGGUGACCCAGACCGAGCACGGCGACUCCAUCGGCCAGGCCACAUGUCCAAUGGGCUACUCUCACAUCCCCAAGGGGGGGCGACCCAAGUACCAGGGCCAGCCCAUCCUCAGCGCGUCGCAGAAGUUUGAGGUGGAUGCUCUCGGCGGGCCGGCGAUGCCUGACGCCGGCAUCGGCGAGUACCAGCUGGCCGGAGACUCGUCGAGCGGCAGCUGCCGCACCGACAGCGAGUGCAAGCUGGCCUUCGGCGAGGGCUCGUACUGCAAGAUUGAGAACCUGGGCUGCAUGGCGGAGAACCUGUGCGUGUGCAAACUACCCGCGCCCAGCGCGUAGUGGUGUGCGAACGCCGCUCACCGGCGCCGCGCGGCCCAUUGGUGCGUGGCCAUUGGGAUGGCCGCAGUGCUCUUGGGGGGAUGUUCAUUGCAGCACCUCAUGUUUACUAGACAGAAGGCUGGAGAAGAAAUUUCUUCAAAA